UAUUUUUGAAGCCAUGUGGCAACUUUAAGUAGAAAAAUACUAGUAUUUUACACGUUAUGGUCUCUGGACGGCUACACCUCUCUCGUUUUUCAAUUGAUCACGGCGCUUUUGACCACAAUUCUUUUCGUUUUUUCGCAGUCUGUAUCUCCAACAACCAUCCACCAUGAAGACCCCUGAAUCAGUCCUCAAGAAGCAAGCCACUCAAGAGAAGUUGGCUGCUGCUGCCGCUGCUGCCGCAAAGGCCGCAGAGGAAAAGGCUGCUGCCGAUGCUGUGAAAUUCGUUGCCAAUUCCAAGAAGUACGAUGAGGAAUACGAAGCUGCCCAACAGCUUGCCAUCGACAACCGACGAAAGGCCAAGGCCGACGGUGGUUUCUUCGUCCCUGCCGAACCCAAGUUGGCAUUGGUUAUCCGUAUCAGAGGUAUUAUCGGUGUCUCCCCCAAGGCCAAGAAAGUAAUGCAACUUUUCCGCCUCCGUCAGCUUCACAACGCCACUUUUGUCAAGUUGAACGAAGCAACCAUUCGCAUGCUUCGAUUGAUCGAACCAUAUGUCACAUAUGGAUACCCCACUCGGGCGACUGUCCAGAAGCUUGUAUACAAGCGCGGAUUUGGAAAGAUUAACAAGCAACGCAUUCCUAUCGCUAACAACGACGUCAUUUCCCAGGGACUUGCCGACAGCACUGGAAUCGAAUGUGCUGCCGACCUCAUUAACGAGAUCUACACUGUUGGCCCUAACUUCAAGAAGGCAAACAACUUCUUGUGGCCUUUCAAGUUGUCCAACCCUAAGGGAGGAUUUUCCUCAAAGACCAAAUUGCUUCACUUCAUGGAAGGUGGAGAAGCCGGUGCCCGAGGUGAAGAAAUCAACAAGUUGGUUGCCAAGAUGAUCUAAAUGCGGUAGAUGAAUCACGACCAUCAGCAGAUUGAGCUACACGCGAACUUUGAUCUCCACAGACUCGUGCGCUCUCGUCGCACAAGUUCUAAAUACAGAAUUUACGGAAAUAGACGAAAUAAUUGAUG